AUGUUCAAAGCCAUUUCAUCUGCAUCGUCAAUUUGUCCAAGGGCUGCAUUAAUCUUUCAAGCUAAUUACGUCCCGCUUCUAUUUGGUAUUCCAAGAUACUACUCUCAGAGAACUACUUUUACCAAUGUCACUGGUACCACCAAGAACUAUUAUUCUGCCACUUCUAAAGCCAAGUCAGUUUUGAAUGAUUUAAACAAAAAAACAGGUAAAGCUGCUGCUCAUGCAAUAGAAAAGGCUGAAGAAGUUACCAAUACUUUAAAGCACAACCCAGGAAAAAUUGUUGAUAAAUUAACUGGUAAAGUCAAAGAGCAAAGUAAUGAACUGCAAGCAAAAGGUAAGGAGACUGCUGAAGAUUUGAAGAAAAGGGGAGAAUCCAAAUUAGAAGAUCUACAAGACAAAGGUGAACAACUCAAACAAAGGGCAAAAAAUAAUUUGAAUUAA